UCGGUUGUGGGUAUGGAUGAGUACAAGUUGUCGUCAGUAGCAAAGCCUAUACACAUCAAAAGCUAAAGCUUUAACGUCAUUUACAAAGCCACUUCUUGCAGUUUUAAAUGGUUCAGGAGAUUAUGUUAUGAGGCAAACUGAAAGUAGAGAGAGAUAGGCUCAAAUAGUUAUAAUGCCUCUAAAUUUUCUGCUGAUGUUUGUUCUUCUGUUCUUGUUUGUGUUAUCAGCUUUCUUGCUUGUGCGUUCAUGGGGUUGGAAAAAGGCAAUGGAGGACAUUCCUGGGAACUUGGGUUGGCCUAUUGUUGGUGAAAGCUUCUCGUUUAUAUCAGAGUUUGGUAGCCCUGCUGGUAUUUGCAGCUUCAUGAUCAACAGGCAGAAGAGGUUUGGGAAGGUUUUCAAGACCAGCGUGCUUGGGAGAUUGAUGGUGUUCAUGACGGGGAGCAAUGCGGCGAAGAUUUUAUUGACAGGGAAGGAUGGUAUGGUGAGCUUGAACCUGUUCUACACUGGCCAGCAAGUCCUCGGCCGAAGCAGCUUGCUUCAGACCAAUGGUGAAGCCCACAAGAGGCUGCGACGGCUGAUCGGAGAACCGCUCUCCAUGGAUGGCUUAAGGAAAUACUUUCAGUUCAUAAACAAUUUAGCAAUUGAAACUCUAGAUGAAUGGUCCGGAAGAACAAUUUUUGUUCUUGAUGAAGCUUCCACAUUCACUCUUAAAGUUAUUGGUAACAUGAUCAUGAGCUUGGAGCCUAAAGGAGAGGAACAAGAGAAGUUUAGAGACAAUUUCAAGAUAAUCUCUUCUUGUUUUUCAUCUUUGCCUCUUAACAUUCCCGGAACCGCUUUCUAUCGUGGUAUGAAGGCACGUAAACGAAUGUUCGAGAUGUUAGAUUCGAUCAUUGAAAAGCGACGCAGCGGAGAAAUUUGCCGACAGGAUUUCUUGGACUCACUGAUAAUCAAACACAACAAAACAGGAGGAGGAAGUGAUGAAGAAAAACUCACUGAUGAACAAUUGAAGGACAACAUACUAACUCUGCUUAUUGCUGGCCAUGAUACUACAACUGCAGCUCUCACUUGGCUGAUCAAAUUUCUUGGAGAAAAUCCUCAUGUUUUGGAACAAUUGAGAAUUGAACACCAACAGAUUCAAGAACAUAGGAAGGGAGAAAAUCUGUCAUGGGCUGAUGUUAACAACUUACCUUACACUGCCAAAGUGCUCAGUGAAACUCUGAGGAGAGCAACAAUUCUACCAUGGUAUUCAAGAAAAGCAGCUCAGGACUUUGAAAUUGGAGGAUACAAGAUCAAGAAAGGGUGGUCUGUAAACUUGGAUGUUGUUUCAAUUCAUCAUGAUGCUACUGUUUUUCCUGAACCCAACAAGUUUGAUCCAUCGAGAUUUGAGGCACCAUUGAGGCCUUUCAGCUUUCUUGGAUUUGGCAGUGGACCAAGAAUGUGCCCUGGAAUCAACUUGGCAAAGCUCGAAAUUUCAGUGUUCAUCCAUCACCUUGUCUGCAAAUACAGAUGGAGAUGUUUGGAGAAGGAGGAUGAUUCAGUGCAGCCAACUUUGGUGAGGAUGCCUAAGAACAAGUAUCCAAUUAGAGUGGAGGCGCUGUGAGAGGUUCUUGUCUGCCGUUUGGUAAGAGGUUCCGAAGAAUAAGCAUGAGAGAAGAGGGUAGAGGAAAAGGGAUAUUGUCUAAUAUUUAUGCCCUCUUAAUCUUAUCUUAUUUCUAUAUUACAUGUGGAGUUGACAUGCUUUUAGCUUGUAAAAAAUAAAAUUUGUUUUUCUUUUUCUUA